AUGGCUCUUACCUACAAUAAUCUUACUGGAGAAAUACCAGCGGAACUAGGAAAUCAUAAGACACUAGAGGUGCUGACAUUAUCUGACAAUGAGUUAACUGGUUCCAUUCCAGCAAGCAUUUUCAACAUGUCAGCAUUGCAGGUCCUAGGACUUGAAGGAAACAGGCUUUCAGUGGAGAGUUGUAAACUGAAGGGGAUACUUCCUGAAGAAAUUGGUAAUCUUACUGGAGUGACAAAGAUGAGUCUAUUAAAACAUGAGUUGACUGGAUAUAUUCCAAAUACUGUCCAAGGCAUGCUGAACCUUCAAGAAAUUUACCUAGAUAACAACAAGUUAAAAGGAACCAUUGCAGAGGUUAUCUGCAAUUUAAAGAAUCUCGGAGCAUUAGACUUGUCAGAGAAUUGGUUUUCUGGAUCAAUGCCACCAUGCUUAAGGAAUGUAACCAGUUUGAGGAAACUUGCUAAAUUGGAGCUUACCUGCAAGCUUAGGGAGCCUUCAAGAUCUCAUACAAUUUAA